UUGCCAUCUCUAAUUCAAGUGAUAAGACCAAUUGAUGAGUGGAAACAUCAAAAUUUUAAUUUUUCUCCAUCAAAAAAAUACGUGGCGAUCGAAUAAAAUAAUAACUAUAAAAAGAAAAUAAUGACAUUUAAUUGAAGGUGUAUACAGUAUUAGAAUAAAGAUGGCAUUUUUAGAAUAUUUACAAUUAAUAGCAUUCUUUGGAUCGGCUAUAUUUACGGUUCUGUUGAUAUCGCUUGUAAUCAUACAAAAGUCUGUGACCACACCAUUGCCUGUGAUUAAACGCCACAAACAAGAGAAGACAUUCUUGGAUCCGAACAUCUUGAAAAACAUUGAAUUCCCAAGCAUAGAAGAUGAGCCAAGUGUGGAUUUGAGUGUUAUUGUUCCCGCCUACAAUGAGGAGGAGAGAAUGCCAUCAAUGUUAGAUGAAUGCCUGGAGUACUUGGAAAAUAAAUCAAAAUCAGCCAAUUUUACAUAUGAAGUAAUCGUGGUCAGUGAUGGUAGUUCAGAUGGCACGGUGGCGCUUGCAUUGAAAUACUCGAAAAAAUACACCGCCGAGAAAGUCCGUGUAUUGGAGUUGAUUGAGAAUCGUGGAAAAGGUGGUGCUGUAAGAUUGGGUAUGCUAAGUGCUCGUGGUCGUAAUCUGCUUUUUGCCGAUGCUGAUGGUGCAACAACAUUCUCUGAUUUGGAUAAACUAACGGAAGCUCUGGCAGCCAUCAACAAGGAUUGGACAGAGGAUGCUGUUGUGAUAGGUUCACGAGCACAUUUGGAACAGGAAGCCAUUGCCACAAGAAGUGCCUUUAGAACAUUCUUAAUGCAUGGUUUUCAUUUUCUGGUAUGGUUAUUUGCUGUACGUUCACUAAGAGACACACAAUGUGGUUUUAAGCUUCUAACACGGUCGGCGGCUAGAAAACUUUUUCGCAUUAUGCAUGUGGAAAGAUGGGCAUUUGAUGUUGAACUCUUGUAUCUCGUUGAACGUUUAAACAUUCCAGUACGCGAAGUUGCCGUCAAAUGGCAAGAAAUCGAGGGCUCUAAAUUAACCCCAUUCUGGUCGUGGAUACAAAUGGGUGUUGAUUUAUUUUUAAUUUGGUUCCGUUACACAAUUGGUGCUUGGCAAAUUGUAGAUACUACCAAAGCCCAUUCAGAAUAAUCUCCAAGAGUUUUUUCUCCUUCCUAUACCUAAUUACAAAUACAUAUUUUUACGCACCCCUUGAAUGUCUUAGUUUUGUAAUUCGAAGAAGCAAGAAAAAAACUAUUUUUACAAUUGCAAUGCAAUUAUAUUUAAGUUCGUUUUUUUACUUCUACCAAAAAAAGAGUAUGUUUUGAUUUAAUUUACAUAUUUAGAACUACGCAUAGAUAAGAAUAUUCUACCAUGGAUAAGAGAAAAUAUUGAACAUUGCAAUAAAAGCUUUUACAUUU